AUGUAUUCGAUUCUACUGGGUUUGUAUUCAGGAGCUGUUUCUAUUUGGAAUUAUCAGACAAAGACUGAAGAGAAGUCUUUCACAUUCACUGAUUAUCCAGUCAGAUCGGCAAAGUUCAUUGCUCGCGAAAAUUGGGUUGUCGCCGCAAGUGAUGACAAAUAUAUUCGCAUCUACAGUUAUGACGAAGCGAGAAAGAUGGGAGCAUUUAAGGAACAUAAUGAUUUUAUCAGGAGUUUGGCUGUGCAUCCUUCUCUGCCAUAUGUGGUGUCAGCUUCUGAUGAUAAAGCUCUAAAGUUGUGGACUUGGAGGGACUGUUGGGCUUGGUGUAAGACCGUUGAAGGGCACUCACAUUAUGUGAUGCAAGUGGCAUUUAACCCGAAGGAUCGAGCUACUACAUUUGCCAGUGCAUCCUACGAUGGCACCUUGAAUAUUUGGGAUGUCUAUAAUUCAACUCCAAAAUUUACCUUGUAUGGACACUUGCAAGGAGUCAGUUGUGUUGAUUACUUUAUUAGCAAUGACAAACUAUAUCUUUUAAGUGGUUCUGAUGAUUACACUGCAAAGGUAUGGGAUUAUCAUUCUAGAAACUAUGUACAAACACUUGAAGGACAUGGAAAAAGUGUUACAGCCGUGUGUGGUCAUCCUGAGCUUCCUAUAAUAAUAACAGCUUCACUGGAUACUACUGUUAAAAUCUGGGAUGUUCUCACAUACAGGUACUUCAUCCCAUAA